CUUUAUCUUAAGAGUAAUAGUCUUCUUUCUUAGCACGACAAACAGCUAUUUUGCAUGUUUCGUUUCGGUUUUGUUGGAUCUCUGGUUUUCUCCAUCCGUUUUAAUUAAACAGUGCAACAUCUGUUGAGAAUCUUUUGGAUACAAAUUCCGUCGAAGCGGGACAGACGGGUCUUGACAGAGAUCACUCGCAUAGGUUGAUACAAUGUACAAAUGCUGGGGAGUUUUCAUCUUGUACUAUUUUGUUUCAUUCGUGGCUACACAGCCUGAAACAGGUAAUAGAAAAACAUGUUCUUACUGUUUUUUCAUACCAUGGGCGUAGGCUAUCUGGUCGUAUCGUUCGAUAUGUUUAGUUUAUGUUUUUAUUAAACUUGGUUUGGCAGCUGGCACUCAGGACGUUUCCCGUUAAUUACGUCAGAGUGACAAGUUGCGCAAACAUUUUCACCACUAAAUGUGUCUUCUUGCAAGUGUAUACUAAGAAUAUAUAGAGUGAACAGAUUACUGUGUAAUAAAUGAGGCAGAAACACGUAUUAUGUCUUUAAUUAAAAUGGGAAUGCUAUACCUAGGGUGACCACUUUUAAAAUACCAAAAUGCAGGACAACAGGAUGAUUUAGCGGGACAUUCGCGGGACAGUGUAGCCUACAUGUUUUUAUUAUUAUUCAGCUAACCAUCCUAAAAUCCCAUAAGAAAUGAUGUGGUGUUUUUGUUGUAACAGUAACGUUAUACUAUGCUAUUAUAUGCCUAUUUGUUUCUGUUAUGUAUGAUACUAAUUAACCAUUAUGUGAUAAUCCAAGACAUUGAUUGGGCUCCGGAGUGGCGCAGCGGUCUAAGGCACUGCAUCUCAGUGCUUGAGGCUGACUUGCCUAGUUAAAUAAAGGUUUAAAAAAAAUAACUUUGAUCUAACUUUACUAAAUGAGCAGAGUGACGCUCUGGUGCCCUCUGGCAGCACUACACCCCUUGCAGUCUGCUACACUAAACUAGCUAAUUUAAAUUCACCAGCCGCACCUAGCCUAUUCAUUUUCCUCGCGCAAAAUGUGUUCUAUAUCGUGCCGUGGGGGGUCUAUUAGUCAAUCACAGCUGGUGCGCAAUGUCUAUUAUUAAAGUAGUCUCAAGGUAUUAAUCGCCUGAGGUAGAGUACCUCAUGAUAAGCUGUAGACCACACUAUCUACCAAGAAAGUUUAUCUAUAUUUUUCAUAGCAGUCUAUUUACCACCACAAACCAACGUUGGCACUAAGUCCGCACUCAACAAGCUGUAUAAGGCCAUAAGCAAACAAGAAAAUGCUCAUCCAGAAGCGGCGCUCCUAGUGGCCGGGGGCUUUAAUGCAGGCAAACUUAAAUCCAUUUUACCUAAUUUCUACCAGCAUGUCACAGAUACACGUACAAAGCUCUCCCUCGCCCUCCAUUUGGCAAAUCUGACCAUAAUUUUAUCCUCCUGAUUCCUGCUUACAAGCAAAAACUAAAGUAGGAAGUACCAGUGACUCGCUCAAUACGGAAGUGGUCAGAUGACUCGGAUGCUACGCUACAGGACUGUUUUGCUAGUACAGACUGGAAUAUAUUCUGGGAUUCAUCCAAUGGCAUUGAGGAGUAUACCACCUCAGUCACCGGCUUCAUCAAUAAGUGCAUCAACGACGUCGUCCCCACAGUAACCGUACGUACAUAUCCCAACCAGAAGCCAUGGAUUACAGGCAACAUCCGCACCUAUCUAAAGGCUAGAGCUGCCGCUUUCAAGGAGUGGGACACUAAUCCGGACGCUUAUAAGAAAUCCCGCUAUGCCCUUAGACAAACCUUAAAACAGGCAAAGUGUCAAUACAGGACUAAUAUUGAAUCCUACUACACCGGCUCUGAUGCUCGUCGGAUGUGGCAGGGCUUGCAAGCUAUUACGGACUACAAAGGGAAACCCAGUCGCGAGCUGCCCAGUGACGCGUGCCUACCAGACGGGCUAAAUACCUUUUAUGCUCGCUUCGAGGCAAGCAACAAUGAAGCAUGCAUGAGAGCACCAGCUGUUCCAAACGACUGUGUGAUCACGCUUUCUGUAGCCGAUGUGAGCAAGACCUUUAAACAGGUCAACAAUCAGAAGGCAGCGGGGCCAGACGGAUUACCAGGAUGUGUACUCAGAGCAUGUGCGGACCAACUGGAAAGUGUAUUCACUGACAUUUUCAAUCUCUCCCUGACCAAGUCUGUGAUACCUACAUGUUUCAAGCAGACCACCAUAGUCCCUGUGCACAAGAAAGCGAAGGUAACCUGCCUAAAUGACUAUCGCCCCCUAGUACUCACGUCGGUAGCCAUAAAGUGCUUUGAAAGGCUGGUCAUGGCUCACAUCAACACCAUCAUCCCGGAAACCCUAGACCCACUCCAAUUCGCAUACCGCCCCAACAGAUCCACAGAUGACGCAAUCUCAAUCACACUCCACACUGCCCUUUCCCACCUGGACAAAAAUAACAUCUAUGUGAGAAUGGUGUUCAUUGACUACAGCUCAGUGUUCAAUACCAUAGUGCCCACAAAGCUCAUCACUAAGCUAAGGACCCUGGGACUAAACACCUCCCUCUGCAACUGGAUCCUGGACUUCCUGACGGGCCGCCCCCAGGUGGUAAGGGUAGGCAACAACACAUCCGCCACGCUGAUCCUCAACACAGGGGCCCCUCAGGGGUGGGUACUUAGUACACAUCACCAACAAACUAUUAUGGUCCAAACACACCAAGAAAGUUGUGAAGAGGGCACGACAACGCCUUUUCCCCCUCAGGAGACUGAAAAGAUUUGGCAUGAGUACCCAGAUCCUCAAAAAGUUAUACAGUUGCACCAUCGAGAGCAUUCUGACCGGUUGCAUCACCGCCUGGUAUGGCAACUGCUCGGCAUCCGACCGUAAGGCGCUACAGAGGGUAGUGCGUGCGGCCCAGUACAUCACUGGGGCCAAGCUUCGUGCCAUCCAGGACCUAUAUACUAGGCAGUGUCAGAGGAAGGCCCAAAGACUCCAGCCACCCAAGUCAUAGACUGUUCUUUCUGCUACCGCACGGCAAGCGGUACCGGAGCGCCAAGUCUAGGUCCAAAAGGCUCUUUAACAGCUUCUACCCCCAAGCCAUAAGACUGCUGAACUAUUAAUCAAAUGGCCACCUGGACUAUUUUCAUUGACCCCCCCCCCCCCCCCUUUGUUUUUACACUGCUGCUACUCGCUGUUUAUGAUCUGUACAUAGUCACUUUACCCCUACCUAUGUACAAAUUACCUCGACUAACCUGUACCCCCGCACAUUGACUCAGUACCAGUACCCCCUGUAUAUAGCCUCAUUAUUGUUAUUUUAUUGUGUUCCUUUUUGUUUCUUUUUUUUUGUACUUUAGUUUAUUUAGUAAAUAUUUUCUUAACUCAAUUUUCUUAAAACUGCAUUGUUGGUUAAGGGCUUGUAAGUAAGCAUUUCACGGUAAGGUGUUGUAUUCGGCGCAUGUGACAAAUAAAAAUUGAUUUGAUUUACAACCCCUUUAUAUCCACGUAUGUAUCCUCCUUGACCCCUUGACCAUAAUAAUGGGUGUUAUUGUUUUUCCUUUAGACCUCCCAUCACCAAGAAAUGUGACUUUCUCUUGGACGAAUGAGUUCUGCUGGGAGCUUUCAUGGAGUCUACAGGAGAAUGUUGAUAGUCAGACGUGUAAAUGCCAUAUCACUAUAUCACGGAUAGGCCAGGUGAGGAAAAUGUUACAGGUCGUCCUAGCUACCAUCGGUCAACCAAAUAGAGUUGUCUGUUGAACAUAAUUGGCUGUCUGCCCACUGCUUUCCAAUGGCUUGUAGGCCUACAGAUGUGCAGUUAUUUAAACACUUCCUCCUACUGCUGGCAGUACUUGUAUUCUGGCACCAAAACAUAUUUAUUUUAAGUUUCAAAGCUAAUGUUGUACUUUCCUUUGGAUUUUUUUUUUUUAGAUUAGAUUUAUUGUCCUCUGAAGAGGAAAUUAUUUUUCACACACUCAUACAUUUACAUAAAACACCAAACCAACAACCCAUCAUCACCCAGACUAAGGCUUUGUCCCAAAUGGCACCAUGUUCUCUAUAUAGUGCACUACUUUUUACCAGAGCCCUAUGGGCACAUUAAACAGUGGUAAAUAGUCCCUUAUUCCUGCUAAAUUCCUAAAUUCAUUCCCUCUGUAAUAUCUUUCAUUCUUGAAUUUUCCCCUUCUCUUCGCAGAAGAACGUAAUCAAGAAGAGGAAGGGAACACAGUUACAGGAGUGUUUUCCUCUGAUGGAAGGCGUGAGCUUCUUCUUACAAACUCAGUGUGAGAACAGGACACGGAUGAGUCAAACUAUAGUUCACACCAUCCCUGCCCCCACAGGUUGGUUAUCAACAACAGAAUGUUCUCCGAAACAACGCUGUCACUCUCUAUGGGCCGGUUUUCCAAAUCAGAUAAAACCUAGUAUUGGAAACAAAUACAUGUUUAAAGAGGAUCUCCAUAAACAUACUUUUUAGGCCAGUACUAGACAAUCUGUGUCCAGGGAACUGGUCCUAUACAGUAUACUACAGAGUUAAUGUAAUUGACUUGGGUGUAAAUCAAUCUCUCUGUUCUCUUCACACCACUCUAUCUGUGUGUCUCUAACUCUCUAUCUGUGUGUCUCUAACUCUCUCUCUGGACAUCAUGAAAAUGAUCGGAGAGGUUGAGAGUAGAAGAAGUUCAGGAGCAAUAAAAAAUUAAAUAAAUAAAAAUAUAUAUAAUAGAAUUAUUGUAAAAUUAACUCUGUCCAUAAGAUGUAGAUAGUAAGUAUAGACCGGAAGUAGAGGCCUGGGCAUUGUUGUUCACUAAUUUACUCCAAGUAGGGAAAGGAUGGUGGGGUUGAAAAGUAAUAAAGGGGAGUAUAUAUAUAUAUAAAAAAAAUAUAUAUAUAAAAAAAACAUGGGGGAUUGGAAGUGAUGCAGACAAUUACAUUGAUAGAAGAUACAAUCUAUCUGCAAUAUUAAGCUGAUCCAUUCCCCCCCAAAGAAAAUAAAUAAUACCCCUCUCUCUCUCUCUCUCUCUCUCUCUCUCUCUCUCUCUCUCUCUCUCUCUCUCUCUCUCUCUCUCUCUCUCUCUCUCUCUCUCUCUCUCUCUCUCUCUCUCUCUCUCUCUCUCUCUCUCUCUCUCUCUCAUAACAGAGUUGGUAAAGAACUUCAAAUGUUAUCUCUACUCCUCUAAGGCCAUGAACUGCAGCUGGCUCCUAGCCAAUCAGGCCCCAGAAGACCUCCAGCUUUACUAUGGGUGAGAACAAUUCUACUUCCUGCUUCUCCACCACUCACGGUCCAAUACAAGGCUAACUGUGGAAGAGUGUUUAUAUUCAACAAAAUAUAGAUGAAGAGUUACAAAGAUAGUCUUUGUUUGUUUGGGUAGUUUUUCAGUUGUUAUAUCUAUGACCCAGGGUUUUUCCUGAUUAGGUCAUGUUAUAACUAUGACAACAACUAUACAAUCUCAGUCCUCUCAUUUCUGAUGUUUCAGGUCCAAUAAUGUGAGUAAGGUAUCAGAAUGCAGUGAGUACCUGUACAACACUGGUCAGAGGACAGGAUGUCAUCUGAGAGGAGACUUCCACAAACUGAUCUACUUCCAGGUCAAUGGGACUCUCAAUGGUUCAUCGGUACGGAAUACCUUCGAGGUGAAUCCUCAUGUCCAUGGUAGGACUAGAACUCAUCUAUUUUCACUCUUCAGGCUAAAUCUGAGGCCAAAAUCUAAAUAAUAAAUAGUCUGAGUCAUCAUAGUUUCCUUAUUAUUUAAUUAAUAUCAUCGUAAUCACGUUGCAUCAAUGUCCUGUGGCGGUUUGGCUUAAUUUACAUCUAAUUUUCAUCAAUUUAUACAGUUUUUCUCUCAAAGGUUGCUUAAUUAACUAUUUAUCUGUCCAUUCUUCCUGCAGUGAAGCCCCUACCUCUUGAAUGGAAGAUCACAGAGGAAGGGAGCAAUCUCAAUAUUAGCUGGAUUUCACCAGACAUAAAAAAUCCACGCUGUUGGGACUACGUCAUCAACUAUACCAGAUGUAAAAAGCCUAUGGUAAGGAAAGGGAAGUGUGGGCAGUACUGGGAUUUGAAUAUAUCGCCUUAAAGUUAUGAAAAUGAACUGCCAUUGUUUCGUUUUAGCACUUGUCUGCAAAAAUGUUAUUUUGUCUUUUACAGCCAGCCACUGUAUAAAGUACACUUGCUUUUAUUUAUCAACUUUGUUGUCUUGAAUUACAGUAUGUAGGUCUAGUAGAGUAAUAGCACUCAAAUGUCUGUUGCUGUAAUGUCGUUCCAGAGUAAUCACUUAGAAGACAAGACUUGGAUAAUGGUGAACUACGACCCUUACUGUCAGUACCGUGUCCGCAUUAAACCCAUCUUUUCGAAACGGUGUGGUAUGGGAGAGGGUGACUGGACUAAGGAGAAACUAUAUGGUAUGGUUUCCCCCUUCUUUCUCCCCAAGUUUCUUGGGUCAUCCUCUUUCAUAAUUAUAAGCUAAAUAAAAUGGAGCUGGUAUAUAUACUGAGUGUACAAAACAUUAAGGACCUUCCUAAUAUUCAGUUGAACCCCCCAUUUUGCACUCAGAACAGCCUCAAUUCGUCAGGGCAUUCACACUACAAGGUGUCAAAAGCGUUCCACAGGGAUGCUGGCCCAUGUUUACUCCAAUGCUUCCAACAGUUGUGUCAAGUAGGCUGGAUGUCCUUUGGGCGGUGGACCAUUCUUGAUACACUGGGAAAUGUUGAGCGUGAAAAUCCCAGCAGCAUUGCAGUUCUUGACACAAACCGGUGUACCUGGCACCUACUACUGUACCCCGUUCAAAGGAAUUUCAAUCUUUAAUCUUUUGUCUUGCCCAUUCACCCUCUGAAUGGCACACAUACACAAUCCAUGUCUCAAUUGUCUCAAGGAUUAAAAAUCCUUAUUUAGGCUGUCUCCUCCCCUUCAUCUACACUGAUUGAAGUGGAUUUAACAUGUUAUUAGCUGGUGACUAAAAUGUAAAUGUUAUAUGUAAAGCCUCUAUCCUGACAUUGUUGUUGUUGUUGUUUGUGUGUUUAGGUAAAGAAGGGAAUCGUGAUUGGCACCUGCAUGUUGCAGCCAUCUUCAUUCCAUUCAUGGCGGUUAUAGUUGCCAUCGUGGUUUGUGUUUGUAUAAGAAAGUGAGUACACAUCAAUCUAUACACUUCUAAAUUCACUCCACAAAAUAUGGGAUACUGCAAUAUCUGAAUGGUGAUGAAUAUAUUAUAGGUCCUUUUUUAGAUAUUGUUCCAAAUGACUGUGUAUUUUGCCUAUAGACACAAGGACAAGAUUCUCCCCAAAGUUCCCAAGCCAACCAACCUCAUCAGGGAUAUGUUCAACAACAACAAUGAGAUGAGGGCUAUGGCGAACCUCUACAUCCCAGCACAAGAGGAAGUAGACUGUAAGAUCACCCUAGUACAAGACCCUCUUCCUCAGGAGCCAGAGUCAUGAGAAACAACAUGAAUCUGCAGUGAAACUGUGGACAAGCUGAUAGGGUCCCAGCAGACUGGGAGGACCGCAGUGUUUUAACCUUGUGUGGUGGUGGCUUUUUUUGACUCAACAUGGGACACUUUGAGGAGGUGGUUUCCUGUUACAAGGGUUUAACACUGGUAACCUGGAUCCCGGGACUGCCCCAGGAUCAUUCUUCACAUUUCCGAAAAAAAUAAAAAUGACAAGACCCAGGAAAUUACCAAAUUUUCCCCCAAUGUCGCACUAAUGCAAUUCCACAAAAUACACAACAUGCACAGCAGCAGAUUGGCAAAAAAAUUAAAUAGCACAUUAUCCAAACAAGUAAGCCUUUACCUUAGCCUAUUUACUUCACACAAAGUCUCCAUAAAUUCAAAGCACACACAUACUUGACACUGCCUGACUGCACACCAGACUCGAAUGCAGUUUAGAGUUAUCAUCAGAACUGAAAAUUCGAUCCCGGUCCGACCCAAGCCCGGUGAGCUGAAGCCGGAGCGCAGGCCUGGUCCAACAUCACAGAAAUGAAAUUAGCCCGAACCCUAAAAAAAACAGAAAAAGCACAGAGAGAGGAUAACUCGCCUUAGUUAUGAUCAAGUGAAUGAUGAACAUAUUGGAAUAAAGUUGGCUAAUGCAAUUGAAGGCAUUUAUUAAAUUCUUGCUUAUGCUGAAACUCCCAAAGUCAAAUCCAACCGUUAUAUUAAUUUUAAGCAAUAGUCAUGUGUGGUCACAUAGAUUAUAAUUUCAGCACCGUUCUGAUUGGGACAGCGGCAUCGCGCUGCUUUGAGACAAGCGUGGGGGGCUCGUCUAGAUAAAUCAAUCAAUGUCAGAUUU